AUGUUGAGAGAUAAAAGUGAUGCAGAUUCUGGAUCACUCUGCAUUUGCAUAUAUGUGGGAACAAAUGGAGAGACCUUCUUCAACACGGCAACUUUGAUCUCUUGUGUGCAGAACUUCCCCAAAAGCCGCGGUCCUAUUGUGGGGAUACUAAAAGGAUUUGCCGGGCUGAGUGGUGCAAUUUUGACUCAGGUUUAUGCCAUGAUCAAUGCCCCAAAUGAAGCAUCCUUAAUUUUCAUGAUUGCAGUUGGUCCGUCGAUGGUUGUCAUUGCUCUGAUGUUCAUCGUUCGACCCGUGGGAGGUCACAAACAAGUCAGGCCAUCCGAUGGCUCCAGCUUCUUAUUCACUUAUUGUGUUUGUCUCAUUUUGGCAGCUUAUAUGCUGGGAGUCUUAAUACUUGAGGAUUUGUUCAACUUAAGUCAAACUUUAAUCACAAUACUCUCCGUAAUUCUAAUCAUUCUUGUACUGCUUCCAGUUAUAGUCCCUAUAACACUAGCUUUCUUCUUGGAACCGAAAUCUUCGGCAGAGGAGAGACUACUAGCUGAGGCACAAAAACAAGAAACCGGUGUGUCUAGACAGGAAUCGAGUGAGGCCAUUUUCAGUGAAAUCGAAGACGAGAAGACUCCUGAAGUGGAUACACUUCCAGCUUCAGAGAGGCAAAAGAGGCUUGCUCACUUGCAGGCCAAACUGGUCCAAGCAGCAGCAGAUGGAGCAGUGAGGGUCAAACCGCGGAAAGGCCCUCGUAGAGGAGAGAACUUCACCUUGACACAGGCAUUAAUAAAGGCAGAUUUUUUGCUUAUCUUUAUAUCCCUAAUACUGGCUUCUGGAUCUGGUGUGACAGUUAUUGAUAACCUUGGUCAGAUUACUCAAUCACUUGGGUACAAAAAUUCAAGUAUUUUUGUUUCCAUGAUCGCCAUUUGGAACUUUCUUGGCCGUGUUGGUGGGGGCUACUUCUCCGAGAUCAUAAUAAAAGAUUUUGCCUACCCAAGACCAGUGGGUCUUGCUAUAGUCCAGGUCAUCAUGGCAAUUGGGCUUCUCUACUAUGCUUUGGGAUGGCCAGGGCAAAUUUAUGUUGUCACUGUAUUGAUAGGACUUGGCUAUGGCGCCCACUGGGCAAUUGUGCCUGCUACGGCUUCAGAGCUUUUUGGCUUGAAGAGUUUCGGUUCCUUGUACAACUUCCUCACACUGGCAAGUCCUACUGGUUCUCUAAUAUUCUCAGAAGUCAUUGCUAGUAACAUAUAUGAUCGUUACGCAGAGCAACAAGCUGCAGACCGGCGACAAUAUCCGACAUCAGCGCUCACCAAGCCUCUUCUGGAUGAUGACUCGCUCACUUGUGUGGGUUCCAUUUGCUAUUCCCUCACUUGUGGAAUCCUAUCAGGGCUAUGCAUUAUUGCAGCAGUUCUUAGUUUGAUUGUCGUUCAUCGGACAAAGAGGGUUUAUGCCCAGCUGUAUGGAAACUCUCACAGUUGAAUUGCAAAAGUUUCGGAAAAUGGAGAUUACUUGCUGUACAAGCAAAUAGAUAUAGGAGAAUCCUUUUUAUCCUUGUGACACAGAUGAAAAUCUGCUGAGGGUUGAAGAGGUGGACCAAAUAUUUUGCGGCAUUGGUUAGCCAAGAUAAACCGUUUGUUUCUACUUGUUACUCCUUUUUUCAUUUGGCAUUUUUGCGUUCCCAAAAUUGGUUAUUUAUGUGAACUAGACUUUCUUUCACAUAUGCAGGUUGUUUCAUUCAAUUAGAGAUCAUGUCAUAAACUUGUAAGUUUGUUUUAUUUUUGCUUCAUGGAUAAGGCUUUUCCAUUGUAAUUCCAUGAAAAAGGAAAUUACUCCGACACUUUUAUUAUUUUGUUUU